AUUUUUGAGGUUAGGCUUACCACUUACCCAAACAACCUAAACAAAAUAAUAAAAAUUCUCGCUCUAGGAUUAAGGAAAAUAGGAAAAUGUUAACAAAUCGAAUUUUAGCCAAUUAUAAAAACCUACAAAAGUGUAAUUUAAUAUUAAAAGCAUCUAGCAAUGUUCUUGAAUUGAUUAAAUAUGAAAAUACAAAGUGUCAAGUUCCAAUAAGGAGUUUUAAUCCAGCAGCACUUCGACAAAUUUACACCAGUUCUGUGUUUUGUAAGAAAAUUAACAAAUCUUCAUCGAAAUAUGAGGAAUCAGAUAGCGACUCUGAUGAUGAUGAUCCUCACCUUAAAGAUGAACGAGAUUCGAAGGUUGUAAAAGUCAAGGUUAAUUCAUUGAGAGCUGAUUUACUAUUGAAAGCCGGCCUUUCAAUAGCCAGAAAUAAGAUCGAAGUUAUUUUCUAUGAAAGUAAAAUUCGUGUAAAUGGAGAAAAAAUACCCAAGAAAAGUGUUCAGCUUAACGUUGGCGAUGAAAUCGACGUUAUUAAAGGCUUUAGCAAUGUCAACCCAUCCCAUUUAAUUAUAUCACGAGUUAUAAUCGCAUCCGCAAAAGAAAAAGAAGAAGCUAUAAAUGUUCAUUUGCGAAGAUACAAAACAAUGCUUAUUGAAAAUUAUACAGGAACGAAUGCUUAUAAAUCAUCUGAAUCCUCGGGAAGUACGUGAUUUCACAAGACAAAAAUUAACACACAAUUGUGUUUCAAUCAACAGAAUAGCAAAUAAUAAAGUUUUCAAAAAUGAUAA